GCCAUUUCCUGUCCAGCUCUGGGCGCUUCAGGGAUUCUGGUUCACAAUGGCUGGCUAUCAAGAGGAAGACUUGCAGAAAUUUCUUAAAAAUGUAGAUGAAAUCACCAAUUUAAUUCAGGAGAUGAAUUCUGAUGACCCAGUCGUACAAGAGAAAGCUGUCCUCGAGACAGAAAAGAGACUGCAGUUUACAGAGGAAGACCAAGAGGAGGACAAGUGCAGGACCACCGUGAACAAGACCAUGAUCAGUCCCCCACAAGCUCCCACAAAGAAUACAGAAGAAAUAAACACAGAGGCCUUCUUGGCAUCUGUGGAGAGGGAUGCAAAAGAACGUGCCAAAAGAAGAAGGGAAAACAAAGUCUUAGCACAUGCCCUAAAAGAAAAGGGGAAUGAAGCAUUUGUCAAAGGUGAUUAUGAAACAGCCAUCCAGUGCUACAGUGAGGGUUUGGAGAAGCUGAAGGACAUGAAAGUACUGUACACCAACCGAGCCCAGGCUUAUAUCAAACUUGGGGAGUACCGGAAGGCACUGGUGGAUUGUGACUGGGCUCUGAAGUGUGAUGAAAAAUGCACAAAAGCAUAUUUCCACAUGGGAAAAGCCCACCUGGCCCUAAAGAACUACAGUGUGUCUAGAGAGUGUUAUCAGAAGAUCUUAGAAAUAAACCCCCAGCUGCAGACACCGGUGAAAGAUUACCUGAAUCAGGUAGAUCUUCAGGAGAAAGCAGACCUUCAAGAGAAGGAAGCCCAGGAAGCACUGGAUUCAGGAACAAACACAGCCGUGACGACCAAGAAUCUUCUGGAGAUUCUUUCCAAGCCUAAUCAGAUCCCCUUGUUCUAUGCAGGGGGGAUUGAAAUCCUGACUAACAUGAUGAAGGAUUGCACGGAACGAACUUUAUUCAGAACACACAAUGGAUUCAGUAUCAUCAGUGAGAAUGAGGUCAUAAGAAGGUGCUUUUCCACAGCAGGAAAAGAUGCAGUGGAAGAGACAGUAUGCAUGUCUGUUCUCAGGCUCUGGCAAGCGGUGUGCAGUGAGAACGAGAAGAACCAGCACCUACUUGUGCUGUACCCCGACACAGGCCAGCUGCUGCCCUCCCUCUUGGCCUCCAGGGUCCCGAACAUCCGGCAGCAGACCCUGGCCCUGCUGCUGCAGCUUGCCCAGACGGAGAAUGGACGCAGCCUGAUCAUAGGCCACCUUGACCUGACCGGGUUGUUGGAAGCCCUCGUGUCAUUUCUUGAUCUCUCAGAUAAAAAGGCCAACUCAGCCAUGGGACUGCUCACAGACUUGGCUCUGGAAGAAAGAUUCCAAGUUUGGUUCCAGGCCAGCCUUCCAGAUGUUCUCCUGCCACUGACAGGCGUGCUGAAGAGAGAUCCCAAGGUCACCAACACCUCAGCUCUCUGCCAGUGUAUUGCCAUUAUGGGAAACCUCAGCGCUGAGGCUGCCACCCGAAGACAGAUGUCUGCCUCUGAAGAAUUCAUGGAUGCCUGCUUGGGCCUCAUGGCCAAGUGUGAGGAGGAUGUGGACCUGUUCAGAGAGGUCAUAUAUACCCUCCUGGGACUCAUGAUGAACUUGUGUCUUCAGUCCUCCUUUGUCUCUGAGGUUUGGGCCAUGGAGGUGAGCAGGAAGUGCCUGUCUCUACUGAACAGCCAGGAUGGAGGAAUCCUCACAAGAGCUGCUGGCGUUCUUAGCCGCACCCUUGCUUCCUCUCUGAAAAUUGUCGAGGAGGCCCUCAGAGCAGGAGCGGUGAAGAAAAUGAUGAAAUUCCUGAAGGCAGGAGGCCAGACUGCGUCACGUUAUGCGGUAAAGAUCCUCGCCAUCUGCACUAAUAGUUAUCACGAAGCGCGAGAAGAGCUGAUAAGACUGGAUAAAAGUACCACAUCCUUGCUGGAAGAGUCAGCUGGGAAACAGCCCAAAGAUAACAGAAUCAAAGCUGGUAGCUACCUCCCCACUCCAAAGCUCGGUGUCCUGAUGCAGCUGCUGGGCUCGGAGGAUGAGAUUCUGGUGGGCAACGCCACCCUCUGCCUGGGGAACUGCAUGGAGGUGCCACACAUGGCCUCGUCCCUGCUGACCACGGACAUCGUGCCGGUCUUGCUGAAGCUCGCGGGCGGCGAUGCUCAGAGGACAGCCGUGCAGCUGAACGCGGGCAUCGCCCUGGGGAAGCUGUGCACGGCCGAGCCCAGGUUUGCUGCUCUACUGAGAGAGCUUCACGGGAUGGAGAUUCUCAACUCUACCUUGAAGUACGUGGACGAUUCUUGAGAGGCGCGGCGUCCGCGUGAGCUCUGGCUUGUUCCCGUGCCAAUAAAGACUUUCUGAGUAUCCACUCCA